UGGGAAAACAAACAGCAGACAACCAACAGUACUUCCUACAUCUGCGUACAACUCGAGCGUUUCUUCCCCUCAUCUCGCGUCAAGCGUCUCUCCUGCUUGUAGUGUUUACACUGAGUCUGAGCUCAGAGGACGCGUCCCAUCAUCACUAAAUGACGCGCCGCAGCGCUGCAGUUUUACAGCCACACCACAGCUCUACACGCAUUCAACAUAGAUGGACCCGCAUCAUCUGAGGACUUCAGAGUGAUAUUACUGUUGUGAUUGUUUUUCUUUUUGUAAAAUGAGCGGAGGGGAAAUCAUCUGUCAGGGAUGGUUGAGAAAGUCGCCACCCGAGAAGAAGCUGCGGAGAUAUGCUUGGAAGAAGCGCUGGUUUAUUCUGCGUAGCGGGCGCAUGAGCGGAGACCCGGAUGUUCUUGAGUACUACAAGAGUGACCAUGCCAAAAAGCCCAUUCGCAUCAUUGACCUGCACUGCUGCGAGCAGGUGGACGCAGGCCUCACCUUCAAACGCAAAGAGUUUCAGGACAGCUUUGUGUUCGACAUCAAGACAGCAGAGAGAACCUUCUACCUGGUGGCAGAAACAGAGGAGGAAAUGAACCGCUGGGUGCGCUCCAUCUGCCAACUGUGCGGAUUCAACCAGUCAGAGGACAACCAUCACGAUGAGAGGUCGUCAACCACCCACAUUUCCCGCUCCUUGGCUAAUGAUAUGGGCGGCUCUCUGGCCCCGCUGAUUGGUGAACGCAAAACGUCUGUUCCCGCCCACUCCAGCCAACCAAUGCUGUUCACAUUCGACAUACCUGUACGUCACUCGCACAGUACUCUGUCUAAUAGUGCUCCUCAGGACUACCUCUUCCUCCAUCAGUGCAUGAGCCGCAAGAGCGAGAGUGCACGGAGUGCGAGUUUCUCGCAGGCCUCGCGCAGCAGUCUUCUGGUGGGCAGUGACUCGGCGGUUCAGAGACUUACUCAUGGUUUCUCUCACUGUCUGAACGGCAUGGGUGCCCAGCUUCACGGUUUCUACAGCCUUCCCAAACCCGGCAAGAAUCAGCAGCCCUCUUCGCGGACUGACUUGCGCGAUGCUUGCUAUGUUCUGCCCAGGGGUUACAGCUCAGAAGGGGCAUCAGAGCUUGACUCAGAUGAUGUCUACACCUAUAAGACCCCCAAUAACACUCUAGCAGCCCCCCAAACCAAUGAGCAGCGGGCCCUUGAUAACUAUGAUUUACCCAGCAUUUCUAGCUCCAUCUACCAGAUCCCCCGCACGUUUGAUAAGAACCACAAUGCCCUGAUGCCAUCCAGUGCUGACUCCACAAAUGCGCCUCCGCCCAGACCUCCCAAACCCAGCCAGGGCUCAGAGACACGGUGGGGCAGCCCACUGUCUGUGGGGGCUCAAAAUGGAGAGGUUGCCACAGUAUCUGUCAUCCCCAGGAGGAACACACUGCCGGCAGUGGAGAACAUCAAGCUUCACAGAGGAUCGUCUUUUGAGACCAGCAGUCACCAAAGGCCAGUCUAUUUCAACAAUUCUGAUCAGUCAGUGGAGUCUGUAAAUGAUGGCUUCAGCUCAUAUCUGAGAACUAAAGCCCCAUUGACCCGCUCCGAUAGUGCCGGCUCUGAGGAUAACUAUGUACCCAUGAAUCCCGGCUCGUCUUCCUCCCCUCUCAGUGCCGCCCUGGCUGACAGUCCUAAAAAUAAUUAUAUUCCCAUGAGCCCAGGUCCUCACCAUUUUGAUUUCCCAGGAUUUUCAGCAACGUUGCCAGCCAGGAAGGGCAGUACGGCAUCACUAUGUCUCCGACCCGGUCGACUCAGUGACGUGACACCGCCACCGAUCAACCGCAACCUAAAACCCAACCGGACGGCAAAACCGACACCUCUUGACUUAAGGAACAAUGGCAUCAUUGAUGAACUUCCCUUUAAGAGCCCCAUCACCAUGUCUUGGAUCAGACCAACGCCUGUGAACUCCAUCUCAUCGCAGCCCUGUCGGCCCAUUUCAACCCAGAGCAUCACCAGCACUGACUCUGCAGACAGUGAGGAGAAUUAUGUGGCAAUGCAGAAUCCAGUGUCUACCUCCCCAGCGAUGAGUGGUACCAGCAGUCCUGCACCCCGGAAUUGUGGUAAUGUGGACUAUUUGGCCCUGGACUUUCAGCCUGGCUCCCCUGGCCCACAUAGAAAGCCGUCCACCUCUUCAGUGACCUCAGAUGAAAAAGUAGACUACGUCCAAGUGGACAAAGAGAAGACACAGGCCCUUCAGAACACCAUGCAGGAGUGGACAGACGUGCGACAGUCAAGCGAGCCGGCUAAAGGCAUCAAGUCCUGAUGAUUUUCAAACCUUCACACUGAAUGUGUUCCUCCCUGUAACUCAAAAUGCUCUUAUACUGUUACACUGUAAUACAAUCUGAUUUACCUGUGACAAAAUAGCGAAUGAUACACCAACUAAAGCCAUAGAUCCAGAUCAUUUGGCCUUUUGAGGACAAAAAGCUCCACUGAACCUCCUAGACUGUCUUGCCAUGCAUGUUAGACAUGUUUAACUUUUCAAAGUGCAGUGCAACCAGACUUUAGCUACUUGCUCUCUCUUCGAGUGUGAGCAAAAAACCAUAAGCAGUAAAUAUUUAAAUCUAGUUACAGGUGACGUGUGCAAUUUUUUUCAAUGUUAUUAUGCUUUCAUCAAAUCUUAAAAUUAAGAGACAGCUAGAAAUCCAUUUGUUGUUUGAUUUCCCCAGAAAAAUGUAAACACUGUGACGCUAUCAAAACAUUGCUCUGUUUGUUUGAGCAUCCUGACCAGCCUGACAUAGCAACACUGGCUCAACCAAUGCCGUUAGUUUGGGGCGGGGCUGUCCGACCAAUGGCAUACAGGGGGAGUGUUUAGGAAACCUGUUUGAAACUCAACAUUUUUAUGUUUAGUGGCACUCGCACAGAAAUUACACACCUCACCUUUAACAGUGUUAUAAGGGGCAAAACAGCACUUCAAACUGAAGAUUAUCUGAAUUCACAGUGGUCUGCCUGCCAGCUUGAAUUGCAGUUUGCCUGUUAAUUCAGCGGAAGAGAGAAGGUCACUUUUUUCAAAUUUUGAGUCAAGCAAUGUAGAAAAAGUUUGAAAGCAACUUUUACAUAAAAAAAAAAUCAGGCUUAAAACAGACAGACCAUGUUUUCACACAUGGUCUGACAGUUCAUGUGAAUAUCGGCUUAUGUGAAUGCAAACCCAGCCCGUGUUAAAGUGAACAAAACUCAGAUCAUCUCAUCUACUCACACAAAACCACAAAAGUUAUAAUUUUAAUUUAAAAAAAAAAAAACAGUUCACACAAAAAUUAAAAUUGUCAUUUCAGUCCAACGUUUCUUUUACUUUUAUGUAACACAAAAGGCGAUAUCUACCUAAAUGUCAAAGUGGCUCUUUUUCAUACAUUGAAAGUAGAUGUUUUCUUUAGAUAUUCUGCUAUAUAAGUCCUUUGUUGUUUCAGAUAGGGUGUCGCAAUAUAACUGUAAAAAUUUAAAUAUGCAUGUUAAUACUCCACAUACAUAUAGCGUUGCGCUUCGGGUGUCCCAAGUUCGACUCCCGGCCCGCGGACCUUUCCUAAUCCCAUCCCCCUCUCUCUCUCUUCCUGUCUACUUACUGUCCCUAUCAAAAAAAGUCAGAAACGCCAAAAUAAUAAUAAUACACAUACAUUUUACCUUAACACUGGCUCCCAUCCGUCAUAUUUUGCCCACCUAUACGUUUUUUUCUUAGACAACAGUCUUGUAGAGGAAGUGGCGAUCAAGUCCUUUUUGUUUUUUGUAUGCUAUUUUCAUUGUUUCACUGAUUCAUUGGCCUAAAAAGCAAAAACACAUUUUAAUAUCACCAUAAAUCUGAUCGGUCCCACUUUAUAUUAAGUGACCUUAACUACUAAAAACUUACAUUGGAAUUAAUCAUUUGAUACAGUGCACUUAUUGUGCACAUACAUGUAUUUACAUUGUACUUAGAUUUAAAAAUACCUGCAUGCAAUUACAUCUGUAAUUACAUUUAUAAUUACAGUGUUGACCCAUCCCUUACACCAAAAGUGUUUUGCAAUACAAUAUGACCACAUUAAGUACAUUGUACUUGUUUUUUGAUGUAAGUACAUAGUAGUUAAGGCCACCUAAUGUAAAGUGUGACCUUCAAUGAUCUCACCUCAGAGACCAUGAGACUUUAGCUCCACAUAGAUAGUUAAGAUAAUGUCCUACAGGUUAAAAUAGGGUGAGUAAAUGACAAUUUUUUUAUUUUUGGGUGAACAAUUCCUUUAAGGUUCCAGAUCUUCCUAAACUAAGGGCUUUUUAAUACAGCAAUGUGUGCUAACUAACAGACCUUCUCCUUUUAGCCUGACAGAUAUGCACUUCAAAGUAUUCAGUGGGUAGUCCUUUACUUUGCAUGCAGUCUGAAUAGAGAUGUUGUGACUGUUUUUCCUUAAAACACAUCGCUUCUCUGGCUGUCAUUACGGAAUAGGUUAGAGCAGACUUACAUAUUCAGAAAUAACAAUAAAUGAUCUAUUCAUAUACUACUAAAAACAUACUGUUUGUUAAUGUCCUUUAAGCUAAUGUGGUUUUGUCAGACAGUAAAAUAACUCACAUUUAUCAGCAUUUUAAAUGUUAUAUUGUGCUCUCAGAGCAGUUGAAGUUAUUUUACGAAGUUAUUACAACAAAAGGCUUCCAAAUUUCCUAGUUUCAGCAAACUGGCUGGUUAAUACAAGCAGCUGUAGCUGUAAAUCAGCCAUGCUUUAUGCCUGUUGAGAUUAGCUAAUGGACUCGCGCAUGUUGUUUUCGUGAUAGACACCUUACACGUUUUUUGGGCUAGACUAGCUGUUUUCUGAACAAUGUUGGACAUGGAGCAUAAUGAAGGGGCAGAGAAAUGACACACUUCACUGUUAAACUGUGAUGUAGUUUUUUUCAUGUAAACAAAGGUUCAGCUGUGGAGACUGAGUUCUGUUAAAACACUGUUUUGUUGGACAACAGUGCCAAUUAUUUAGAAAGGAGUACAGUAUAAUGACAUUUCUUUCAGCAGCCUAAAUGCGUGAGAAUAUGAUAAUAUUAGCAUCAUUUAAGGUAAAAUUAGCAUCAUUUAGAUAUGCUAGAAAUGUAAUUACAUGUAAACGUGUGCUUGCUCAAGUUCAAGGGUUUAAAAUACAGCAUAUUCAUUUCUGAUUCAGGAAUCAAAAUAGCCCAUUUUUAAUUUUUAAUACAGAAGACUGUAGAGUUUGACAUUUCACUCAGUAUUUUAUGGCGGGCUGGGACCUCCAAAUACUCCAUUUCUAGCAGUGGGAGAUAUUUUAUUUGCAUUUGAACUCAUCAUUUCAUAUUCCAAAACCAUUUUGUAUUAAGUUCAUUUAAACUUUACAUAUGAGGUCGUAAGUGGUCUGGACUUGUUAAAUAAACCUUGUGUAGAUUGUCUGUUAGAUCCAAAUCCUUUCAUGUGUUCGGUGGAUUAUUUAAAAAUGUGCUUUGAAGACUGCCAUUAUUUUAUGAUGUAAAACUUUGUGGGACAUUUAGUGGCACUGGCAAUGGCCUUACCGGUUCAUUAAUGUUUAAGUGAACUUACAGGCUAAAAUUGGUUUCUUAAUGUCUUUUUCUAUUCUGAAAAUAUGUAAUGUAUUGUUAUGGGAGAGUACUAGUAAAUGAAUAUAAUACUUGUGUGUGAGCUGUAGUAGAAAUUAUGCUGUAGUCUGUUAAGGGGUCAAAGCAGGGCUGACGAGAAAAACUACUUUGACAAAUGUCAUUAGCUGAGUGGAUUUUUCUGUAAAGCAUUUCUGUUCAACUCUUGGUCGCUUGUGAAUUAAUUUAUUAAUUUAUUAUGUGUUUUGCAGGUGGACAAAAGAUGUACAAAGAAUGAACUUGUGGCUCUACUAACAUUAAUUUAUGCUAUGUGUGCUGAUUUUGUGAAGCAAUAUGCCAAGCAAAGCCAGUAAAAUGGUCAAAUGUGGUACAUUUGAGAUGUCUGUCCUUUGUCGUGUUGUUCUAUGAAAUUUAACUGCAAAAAAAUUAAAUCCCUUUUCAUCAAACAGAGUAAACAAUUACAGU